CAACAGUGUCAAGCACAAGGAGCGAUCCGAGGAUUUUCGUUUCUGUUUUGGAGUUUGACCACGAACCAGUCGCGGGAAAUCUUGAGCCCCGCUCAACAAAGGCAAAAGAAAUAGGUACAAGUGGUUGCAGCGUCGUCCUUGUGGUCGGGACGACGUAGGGAUGGAAAAUGUAGAAAAGUUUCAUACCUAUAAAGUACUAGCUAGCACGGCCGGGCACUGUCAUGAGCACGAUUUCGGUCAUUCUUCGCAAUUUGUGGCGUCCCCACUAGCACUGUCGGACCGUGCUAGAAAAGCAGCCAGCCGCGUGCUAGUAGUGCCUAUUUUUUGGAUAUAUAUUCACUUUUUCGCCCACAUAGGCACUACUAGCACGCGGCUGGCUGCUUUUCUAGCACGGUCCGACCGUGCUAGUGGGGACGCCCAAAAAUGCCAAGAAUGAUCGCCAUGGUGCUCAUAACAGUGCCCGACCGUGCUAGCUAGUACUUUAUAGGUAUGAAACAUUUUGCAGUUUUCCAUCCAUAGGACGACGCCUUCUAGUCAGACUCUUCAGUAUCUGCACGUCAACUAAAAAAGACCACAAGACACUAACCUCCCAAGAUGAACUCCCGACCUGGCGUAUCUGCCUGGGAUUCGCUCGAUGACAUCGAGCACAAGCUCGAGACGCUAGACGAGCACCAAUUAGGGCACAGCACGCGACGGUUGGUAAGAAUACCCCAGCAGUCGGUAUGGGAGCAGCGACGAACCAAGGGCAUGCAGCUCCGCGUGCAAAUGACGCAGGGCGCGCGAACCAUGGGGGUUGCCAGGCUCAAAGACAAAAGCAGUGCGUCAUGCGUACAACUUCAACUUGUUGCUCUCUUUAUCGUAUAUUGACUAAGGUACUUUGUUUGAUCUAGCUUAUACUUCCUUGCACGGCCGCUUAAUCAACACUGCUACGUAAAAGUCGUAAAAACUCAUUAGGAAGAGCUAGACGUAGACUUUUUGAAAGCGUAUAUGAAGUGGAAGUUGUAGCACUAGCAUUCCCAUCCCCCAACAGGUCCUCGAAAACACGCAAACUGCGGAUGAGAUUCUAGGGAAUCAGAUUCGCAAGCCCCGGCAACCACCAAUAAUAGCCAAAGUCACCAACCACUGCGUGGAGUUACGGGCGAAGACGGCAGAACUGAAAAAAGCCAUCUACAAGCGAAAACGACAGCUGGAUAGCCAGGAAUACAUCGAGAAAUACCUGCAAAGACACCCGGGGAAACCACCACCACCAGAGAUGUACGACAAGAACAUCAUGCCGAAAGUCACAAAGUACUUCUUUUUCUUUCGUAUUGCUAAAUUUUCGAUUCAGUUUCAGCCUUGAAAUAGCGGCAUGAGCCCACAGCCACAAAUGUAUCUAUCGAAUUUCAAACCACGACGGCGCUUCAUGCUGCCGCUGCGAACAUGACCAGCAUAAAGUAAGUUUCUCACAUCAGGACCUCGGCGAUGCUUGCAGGGUUGAACUUUCGUGACUUGGCAGUACCGCUUGCAACACUAAAGUGGGCCGUCCCGCCAGAAAGAAUGGACAUUCCAAGCAGGGAGCCAUACACGAGGGUGAGAUACAUACAUACGAUUUGAUUGAUUCCUGCUUGCCUGCGCUUUGAGCUGCGGCCUUUUGGAUGUAUGAUUAUCUCAGCCACUGAACUUCUGACUAUGCACUCAGUAAGUAUGAGCUUCUGACUAUGCACUCAGUAUGAUUAUCUCAGCCACUCAGUAUGAGCUUCUGACGAUGCACCGUUAAUUCGUCUUCAUUUCAGGUCUCAAUGAAAGCAGACUCGAAAUUUGGUAACCUGUUGAUGAUGGGGGUCGGUCAGCGUUUCAAGUAUCCGGCCACCUUUACCGGGUCACCGAUUGGGCCAAAUUUGGAUCCCCCAGAUCUGCUCGACCACCAGGCUUUCAAGCACUACUUUAUCGUGCCCAAGAGAAAACAGAAAGCACAGCUCAGUACUUACUUUGACGAAAUACUACUUGCGUUCUUUCUACUGUUUGACUGAUUUUCAAAGUGAAACACAUGAAUAACCUGAACGAUAAAUACACGCGGGACAUUUCCUCAUCGUCAAAGACCGCAACACAACGAUGAAGCUGGUACUCUCGUCACACUAACUUUGCAAGUGCAACUUCACUGGUCGUAGAUUGAAUCCCAAUCUUCUUUCAAAACAGCGAGCACUGGCGACAACUUGGGUCCGGGCAGUUACCAGUUGGACUCCGCAUUUGCGAAGAAGGAGCUAAAGGACGACUUUGUGAUGCGACUCAAGGACGCGCUGAUGUGUCGCCCGGUCGAGCGAAGAGCGGGUACCAUGGGUCGGCAGCCGAGGUUCACGAACCCGAACCAAUACCAAGGCUGCCCAAGCGGUCCCAACUUCGAUCCGCCAGGGUUGCUGGACAAGAAACCCUACAAGAAAUAUCGCAUCACCGGCCGGCCAAAGAACGCAAAACCUCUGCUGAGUAUGGAACUAGUUCCUGCUGUUUUAGUUUUAGUCUGUUGUUACCGUUAUUCUUAUUUUUACGGUUGCCUGUCAUCGUAGCAGCGAUCCAAUGCUAGUAGCGUAUUCGUAUUCGUUUUACGGACUCGCAGUCGUGCGCUACUGUGGUGAAACUGGACAAAGAGUCCCUGUCCCUCUCAACUAAGGAAGAAAUAGAAAUGGAGCAAAAUAAGUAAUUCGAACCGCACAACAGCUGGCACAACCGAGGACGUGGGUCCAGGGAAAUACGAGCUGCCGCCGGUGUUUGGUGUCAUCUACCGACCACGCAGCGCGAAGAGCUCGCCAAAUUCACCCCGCAGCCCACCCCGGACGAGGCCGUCCAGUGCGCACUAGGCAGUAUCCUGUUCUUUUUCUUCGGAAUGGUGCGAGUAUGGGUCGUUCAAAACGUUAAUGUAAUUAGCAGAAACGUGGUAAAUCUGUUUCUGACGUAAUAUGAGUUUGGUUUUCCUUCGAUCACAGUAAUGUCAUUGUCAAAACGGGUCUUCCGGAUCCAUAGACUGCUAUCGUUUUACCUUAAGAUUGACGCAAAGUUUGUUAUUGUUUCAAAAGUUCAGAUGGACGUGGCCACCGCUACGAGCUGCAAGGAAUCUCGAAAGCUCACAAGUUCAGUUGUACUUGGAGCAUAAGAGGUCACUAAAAAGUAGCGGUAGCUCCACCGUCAAGAUCUGCAACGAACAAAAACCUGAUGUAAUAAAUGCGAUUGACGAAUGUUUUCGUUUCGAAUUCGGCCAGAACUGCAGAACUUUUUCUUGCUAAAAACUGUAUAAAAAGCUGUAGUGGCUGUGCGUUGGACCAAACUUUUGCUGGUGACCGCUUGUACAAUACGAAGGCAAGAAACGAACUUGUACUCCUUUAGAUGGAAAGAAACGUCGAAAACACGUAUCAAUCAAGACGGAGACUGAUUUAUGAGCCAGAACGCUUAGCAGUAGCGAAGAUGAACGAACUAGAGCAGCUUGGGCGAUGAUGUUC